AACACGUCAUCAACCUGUUUGUUUUGCUAUCUGCUGUCACUAUCCUGGUGAGACCAAAAACAUGCUAACACCGGAGGCGGUCUGGCACUUCCCGGUCCAAAUGUUGGACCGGGUUCUGUCCAAGGUGAACCGGGCCGUGGUGUUUAUGGACGACACUUCCUCGGAGGUUCUCCACUGGAGCGCGGGGGGUGCCGCCGCCUUGUUCCAGGCUGGAGCCCGAAACCUGAAGCAGUUCUCCAGCUUCGAGUCGUGUAGCGACAACGAGCCCAAGGCGGUGUUUGUGGUGAGCUCUUUGCUGAAGGGGCGCACCGUGGACACCAUCAAGGACAUCAUCUCCCUCAGCCACCUGCAGUACUGCGUGGUGGUCACCACUGUGUCCCACUCGCUGCACCUGCUCGCCAACAACGUCACGGCCGACGUGGACGGGUCACCUGUCUUCGAGCAGUUCGAGGAAAAGCUGUGCGAGUGGAUGGGCGACAUGAACUACACGGCCGAGGUCAUGCACGUGCCUCUGACCUUCGCCCCCGUGUCCCAGCAGCUGCUGUUGGCGCCGGCGUACGCGCAGCUUUUCCCGUUGCUGCCUUCCGACCUGCGCGCCAUCAACGCCAAGCGUCCUGAGAAAAAGCGGUUUGGGAGCCUGCAGGAUGUGGACGUCCCCUCGCUGCCUGCCGAGCUGCAGAUUGAAAUCAAGUCGCUGGCGGAGGCAUUGAACGGCAUGUUCGAGGCCACAGGAACCAGAGAGGAGAGCUUCGCUGUGGGCCCCAUGAGUCGCCUCAUAGCAGGAGAACUGUCCGGUCAUCCCCAGGCUAAAAACCGCAGGAAGACUGCCCCCAAUAAAGCCUCCAUCAUCUUUGUGGACAGAACCCUGGACCUCACAGGAGCUGUUGGUCACCAUGGCGACAACAUAGUAGAGAAGAUUCUGACGGUGCUGAAACCCUUGCCGGGUCACGUGACCGACGUCCAGGUGGACAUGCGGGAGCUGACCAGUGUGCAGAUCAGUCCUCAUUCGCAGACCAGUGUGGCGCCGGGCUGCCUCGCACAGAGUCAGUCGCCUGCAGCUCGUUUACUUUGGGAGGCCAUGCUCACCAGUAAGCACAAGGAAGCAGUGAUGGAGGUGCGGCGCCAACUAGUGGAAGCCGCCAGCAAGGAGGAGCUUCCCAUCAAGAUGAGCAUGGGCCGUGUGACCCCCGAGCAGCUUUGCUCCUACGCGCAGCUGUUCCGACACAAUUUCGGGGCGCUAGAGAGUCACUGUGGAGUGCUCCAGCUGGGCCUGGCUACGGCGCAGACCCUCCGACAUCCCCUCCUGCCCCGCUGGGAUGCCUGCCUGGCCUUUGAGAGGCUGCUGCUGCAGGCUCUUGGAGAUGCUAAUUUUCCGGCUGUGCUAAGGCAGCUGCUGCCCCUGAUGAAGCCCCGCGGAGGAGCCCAAGACGGCGGUUCCGACUCGAGGUUCGGGGAAGACGAGUGCGGGCCCGACGAGCUGAUCCUCUUGCUGGUCUACCUGUACUCCAUGGCUGACGAGGCGCAGCCGGCAGACCGGCAGGGCGUCCAGGAGGAUGAACUGGAGAAGCUGGAGAGGCAGCUGAUUGGAGCGCUCACGCUGGCCAUCACCAACGAGACGGCGCUCAGCCCUCUACUGCAAAAAGUCACAGGGUGUGCCCAGGCGGAGGAGCUGACCACAGAGAGAGUCCAUUCCACGGUGGAGGACAUGUUCCAGACCCUCCGCGGGCUGAGUCACGCCAGAGACCACCUCAAACAGCUGCGACGCGUCUACACAGCCAGCGAUGGCGUCCACCAGGCGACCUAUCGGCCAUUCCUGCGACAGAUCCUGGAGGAGGUUUUCCACCCGGACAGACAUGAGUGUCCCGAUAUCGAGCACAUGUCCGGGGGCCUCACGGACCUCCUGAAGACCGGAUUCAGCAUGUUCAUGAAGGUGAGCCGCCCACAUCCCAGUGACAACCCGCACCUCUUCCUCUUCCUGGUUGGAGGGGUCACGCCCUCAGAGCUCCGCCUCGUCAAGGAGACCGUCGCUGCCUUAAAACCAGGAACUCAGGUGCUGGUUCUGUCCAAUAGGCUGCUCAGGCCCACCGACAUGCCCGACCUGCUCUUCGCCUCGCAGAGACUGGCGCCUGACAUCGGCGUCUGAGGAGGCGCACGUGUGCCCCUCUCAGGUCACGAGGACCGCCGUGUAACCGUAACAGUUGUGAGUCGGCGGCGACGUCCUCUUAUAGAAGACACGGUGGUUUAUUUUUGGACUGUAUAUUAACACUCAAAUAUUCAAUGUUUCUUUUGGAUGCAUUAGGUGUCAAUAAAAGCAUUUCAGGCA